CCUACUACAUUGUAACAUCCCACAACAAGCAACUUCGUGGUUUCCGCUGUUCGUGGAAAACACCUUACGCGGGUGGGAGUUCUGUCUGCAUUAGCACCGACCAGGGAUACGGAAAAUAUUAUUUUGAAAGAUUGCAUGAUGUGAACAUUGGGUUGUAUUAAUUUAUCCUCGCCGAGUUUUAGGCAGUCUGAAACACUGCACUUGAACUUGAAACGCCGCUCACCUGAACUUCCGUUGUUCUAGUGGUGAAAAAAGCGGCAGGCGUUCGGGUGCUACCUGUAGCCUGUACAACCGAGAAGGGGAGGACUGUCGCGUUUCUGAAGAACCGCGCGUUCACGCUCUAUUUCCAGUAAUUUCCAAUCGCAUCCUCUUCAGCAGACUUUCUAUUAUACGCUUCACAAAGGUUAAGUUAGCAUGGAGAGUUUGAAGGUGUUUCAUGAACGAGUUGAUCGCAUCAUCUCCGAACCAGUGGAGGACACCGAUCCUAGCAGCCUGUUACCAGAUAAGUCAUUAAUGUCCAACUAUCCAGUUCAAGUCACAGAACUUGGAGGUAACCAAGCUUUCUUCAGAGGGACUUCACCUUAUAUGUCGUCGCACAGCCACCUGCAUCAUCAUGUUUCAUCUGCAGAGACUAUGGCCUUCACCAGCGUACCGCCCAGCUACAUGAUGGCUUCCUCUGAGAAGAUAAGACAGCCAGUUGACGAGAGCAAUAACAUCUACACUGACACAAUGUCAGCAGACUUCUUCAAUGGCUUGAAGUAUUCGGACAACCACUGCAAGAAGUGCUGCUACGCGGCCCCCCCGCCGAAGAUCCGGGACCUGAUGAACGACGCGGACCUGCUCUACGAGCUGCGGCUGAAGCUGGACCCCAGCCACUGCACCGUCAAGAACUGGAAGAACUUCGCCAGCCGCUGGGGCAUGAGCUACGACGAGCUGACGCUGCUGGAGCACCGCACGCAGGGCUCGGCCCAGAGCCCCACCCAGGAGUUCCUGCUGCGCUACAGCGAGCGGAGCGUGGCCGAGCUGACCGAACUGUGCCGGCUGUACCAGCGCAUCGACGUCCUGCGCGUGCUGCAGCGGUGGGUGGAGAAGGACUGGCCUUCGCGCUGGCGGAAGGCCCACUAGCCCCGCCCUGCUGGCGCGGAUCCCGUUUGUGACCUUGAGUCCUCCCCCCGCGACCUUCUUCUUCUGUGGUUUUUUUUUUUUUUCUUUUUUUUUUUUUUUGUAAAAAACGUUCGCCGACUGACCGGGAAGAGGGACCAGCGUGUGAGACUUUGGGCGGUGUCGAGCACACCACCUUUGGAUCAUGAGAGGCAUGGCACCUAGGGAAAAGGAUCCCCAAAGCCAGACCCUUCAGGAGGGGAAACUGUGGGCAAUCGCCCACCAAAUGUCCCCGCCCUACCCGCAGUCCACUCACCCCACCCCACCCCCGUCCAAAGUGAUCCUUCUGUUCUCACUGGAACUGGAUUUCAACUUUUUUUUUUUAAACUUUUGUUUUGGUUUCUAGCACACGCUAUUUUUUUCUGAGCUAUAUUUUCUGUUAUGACAAAGGUGGGAAAGUUUUCAUUGGACCUGUGUACUCAUUUUUUUAACAGUCCUGUAACCAGAGCUAGGCAACCAUUCAAGCCUCUAUGUGCAGGUUACUUUUUUUAGCUGUCGUAGAUCAAUCAGGCAAUUUUUCUAUGUGGAAAAAACCCAAUCCCAGAAGAACAGGGUAAAAUUUUGAAUUGUUCAGUUAAUGCCUGUCAUAGAUUUAAGUAUUUUAGAUGCCCUCUUCCCCCAGGCCAGCUGGUGUGAGUACACAAUCAUAACCAUGUGGUUGCUGUGUUUAGUUAGCUGGAUGUGAGUUCUCUGGAAACAACUAGCUACCCUUGGGAUUGACAUGUAUCAAAAGUCCUUCCUAAUGAUCAUGGAGUGCUUAAAAUAACUAAGUUCUGUCAAAUGUUCAUGUUAUUCAUUCUCCAAAACUACAUUUUCAGAGUUUUAAUACAGUUGUAUCUGUUGUAGAAUUAUCUUAACUCUUAAGCCGUGCUCUUUCUGCUGACAGAAUGUUUCUUCUGUUUCCUUGCCAAUAUUUAUUGCAUCUUCCAGACUACUCUUAUUAAAGACUACAACUGUAUGAAUGGUCUAUUUGAAAGGGUGUAAAUACUUCUUAAAAUAAAAACAUGGAAAUGAAUUUGUAAUGCUGUCAGUAAAUGCAUGGAUUUUAAAAUGGCAGUCAUUCCAUUUCCAAAUUCCAUUUUUAUGCCUCUGCGACGGCACAGCCGUCCACUUGGACUCAAGGAUGAACUGAUUAGAUUUUGGUGGUCAAAAGUCAAAGGUCAAGGUCACUGUGACCUCACAAAUCACGUUUUUGACUUGGCGAAGGCAUAUGACCGCGAGGCGGUAUUUCUAGUUCCAUUUAAAAUGGCGGUUACUUGUCAUUUUUCGUAAGUUUUAAGUUGUCCUUAAUGUGAAUAAAUGAAUGUUAAAUGAGUAAUUAGAACUGAUAAUUUCAAUGGAGGUAAUUUAUUAAUAAUAAUAUGUUGCAUAAUAUGUUAAUAUUCUGACCUGUCUUUUCAACUGAAAUUUGUAGUUUUUUUUCAAAACGGUUAAAUUUUUGUGGUUACCUGAAAGUGAAUAUAUUUUUA